AUGCAAGUCAAGAAGGGUGUCAACGCCCAUAACCAUCAGCAUCUCUUCCUUCUCCGUAUCAACCCCAGCAUCGACGGACACGAGAACACGGUCCAUAUGGUUGAUGCCGUACCUUCGGAUGCCCCGGUUGGCAGCCCAGACAACCUCUACGGCAACGCCUUUUAUGCUAAGCGCACUCGACUCGAGACGACAGGCCAGGCUAUAACUGACUAUAACGGUGCUACAUCUCGCUCCUGGGAUAUUGUCAAUGAGAACAAGCUCAACUCUGAGAGUGGCAAGCCUGUCUCAUAUAAGCUUGUGAGCCGAGAUGUGCCGAACCUGAUGCCCAAGGAGGGCUCUCUUGUAUGGAAGAGAGCCUUCUUUGCUCGUCAUGCUGUUCAUGUGACCAAGUAUGCGGAUGAUGAGCUCUGGGCCGCUGGCAACCACGUUGCUCAGACAUCCGGUGAGCCUUCCAGAGGCCUCGGGACUUGGAUUGGUGACGGUACCAAGAGCGUCGCUAAUACUGAUAUCGUCCUAUGGCACACGUUUGGUAUCACGCAUUUCCCCGCUCCAGAGGAUUUCCCAGUCAUGCCCGCUGAGCCGAUUACACUCCUGCUCAGACCCCGUCACUUCUUCACCUGCAACCCUGUCAUGGACGUGCCUCCUUCUUACUCAGUCACUCCCAGUGAAGUGGCUGCUAAGAAGGCUGGAUUUGAUACCACUGAUAAAGUUAGCAAGCUGGCGGCUAUGAGUGAUUCGUCGUGCUGCAAGCCACCGAAGCUGUAA